ACAGCGCAGGAAAUGGCUCGGCAGAUGAGAUCAGAGCUGCGAUGACUUCCACGUGGUAGCGUGUUGCUUCAUGCCGGCUUCGUGGUCCACAUUCGGGGGCCGGAUGAGAGGGAGAAAAGGCUCCUGUCAUGCAGGGCCAGGCGCCACCUGUCGGCCUCAGCCCGGGGACCCCUGCAAAACUGGGGCAAAUUGGCCUUCCUCACCUGGAGGUUUCCAGUUGUGCUGGGAUUACAACUCCCAGGAUUCCCAGCCAGUGAUUGUUCACAGAACUGUUCACAAGCCAAACAAGGCUCUGUGAAAGCUGCCUCACCACAUUUUUCCCCCAUGGGUCACAAGAAGCUGUUUCAUUGAUUUGGUGAUUAUUUUUUCUUUGUUUUUCUCCACAACAGCAAACAUUUAUUUAAAACUUACUUUAAAGAUAAUAUAUAUUGGAAAUUGUGGUGUAUGUAUGCCUAUGUGCAUGUGUGCCUGUGUAUAUACACACAUAACACAUCAACAAAUACACACAAACAGCCAACUUUUUGUUUUAUUUUGUAUUAUGUUGGAUUUUUAACUGAAUUGCCAAACAUUGAUUUUUUUCAAACAUAUACAAGGGACGGUAUGUUUACAUGUGUAUAUUUUGUUGACUAUCCAGUUGCAACAAUGUCAUUCACAAUUUCCCCCUUUUUAGCAGCCAUGUUUUUAAAGAGAUGGGCAGUAAAUAUAACGUAUGCCGCCCUUGUGGGUAAGGGAACCAUUGUGCAGUCGGCACUUGUUGGGUUGCUCUGAUUAGAUGGCUGUUUGAGCUUUUGUUGAGGGUGGUAGAGUGUGUGUGUGUCUCCGCCACCUUUUGUCAGUGCCCCCCAAGCAGCGGUAGGUUGCUACCAGUUCGCCCCGGAUUGGGCGAACCAGUAGCGGCAACAGCAACGGUGGGAGGCUCCGCCCACCUGACCAGACGCUUCUGCGCAUGCACGUGCCCACGAGCGAACCGGUAGCGACAGGUUUUGAAACCCGCCUCUGCCCCCAAGGGCAGUUCCUGAAGAUCAGGAAUGGUUGUGGUCCAGAAGAGAGGGGUCGGCUAAAGGAGGGAAGGGGAUGCCUUGCACUUUCCAUCCUCGAGGAGCAAAUUUGGCUUAACAGACGUGGUCCCUGCUAGGCCAGAAGAGCCAGAAACAGCCCAUCUCCUUUCUCCGCAGAGCUGCAGCGGAAGAGCUGGGCCUGCCCUUCUCACUGGCUGCGGUUUCCUCCGGGGAAGCCUAUGCAAAGUUACAGGAAGCCACUUCAAGGCCUCCCGCCAGCUUCUCCUCAGUGAGCAGAGAAGCCGAGCCUGGGAUGAUCGCUCUGCGGGCAGACAGAUUGCACGGCGCUACCCGCAAAUGCUUCGGCGGAGAAAGCCCGCCACGUCCUCGCCGUUGAGAUUGCCCCCACGGAGCUGGUAGGGGAGCAAGCCGCCUGCCUGCCCGCUCCAGGCCACCCCGGCCCCAUCAACUUCUCCUUGAGGCAGCUGGGCACUGACAUCAGGAAUUCUGUGUCUUCCUUAAGAACCGGAAAAGGAAGUGGUGAAAACCGCAGGAGUGUUUUUUACACAGAAGAAUGGGAAAUGCUGGACCCCACCCCCAAAGACUUGCUGGAGUCAGCGGCUCAGGAAGAAAAGCGAAGGCUGGCAGCCGAGUCCAGCAAAGGUGGGACCGGCUCAACCUUCCCCUUUGAUUUUGGCCGCCUCCCGCAAAAGGCCAGGCGUCCCCUGAAGGACCCCAUGGCUUCCAGCAAAGGCCGAGGCAGCCUGGAGGCCUCUCCUCUGGAGUGGAAUGGAGGCCGGCCGGCCACAGAGGCGCAGCUGAAGUUGCAGAGUCAGCAGGAGAACCUGGAGCAGCUGAAGACGGAGCUGGCCAGCCAGAAGGAACUGGUGCGGCUCCUGCAGCAGACAGUCCGGUCCUCCCAGUACGACCGGUAUCUAGCGGGGCCCCUCUGCGAUGGGAGCACCAAGGGCCACUUGGAACUGCUUCACCAGAAAGACCACCAGAUUUUGGGUCUCAACCAUCAGCUGGAGAAGCUGAACCUGGAGAAGGAGCACUUGCAACAGGAGGUGGCUGGCCUGAAGUCCACGGUGGGGGAGCUGGGGGAGCAGCUGGACAUGCUGAUGGAGACCAUCCAGGCGAAGGACGAGGUGAUCAUGAAGCUGUCCAGGGAGCUGAGCGAGUGCGAAGCCUCCUGGCAGAGCGGAUCAGCCGACGCCUCCCCCCCCAUCAGCAAGGAGCAGCAGGAGCUCAACAAGCUGAAGGACAGCCUGCAGGGUUACAAAACCCAGAACAAGUUCCUCAACAAGGAGAUCCUGGAACUUUCUGCUUUACGGAGAAAUGCUGAGAACAGGGAGAAGGCGCUGAUGGCAAAGCACAACAGCCUGGAAGCCCGGAUGUGCCAGGUGGAGAGCAGGUACCUGGUUCUGCUGCAGGAGAGGAAGAUGCCGGUGUGCUCAGAGGAGCCGAACCCCAACAGCGACCUGGUGGCCCGGCUCUUGGAAGAUGCCCUGAAGGUGGACAGCGCUGAGCAGCCCGAACAGGCUUACUUCAAGCCCCACAUGGUCAGUGAGUACGACCUGUACGGGUUCCAGACGGUCCCGGAGGACGAGGAAGAGGAGGAGAGGCUGGUGGCGAAGGUGCGAGCCCUGGACCUGAAGUCCUUGUCCCUCACGGAGCACCAGGAGAUGUCCACGAGUGUGAAGUGGGAGAACUUCCUAGCUGCCAGUGUGAACAGGGAGAUGGUCCAGACAGUGGAGCUGAAGAACCUUAUCCGGGCUGGGGUCCCACACGAGCACCGCUGCCAGAUCUGGAAGUGGUGUGUCGGCCUCCAUGUGAAGAAGUUCAAGGAGAGCAGGCCCUCCGGCUACUUCCAGGGCCUGCUGCAGGACGCGUUGAAGAAGCAGAAUCCGGCCUCCAAGCAGAUCGAGCUGGACCUCCUGCGGACCCUGCCCAACAACAAGCAUUACUCCUCACCCACCUCCGAGGGCAUCCAGAAGCUGCGCAACGUCCUGCUGGCUUUUUCGUGGCGGAACCCAGACAUCGGCUAUUGCCAGGGGCUCAACAGACUGGCGGCCAUCGCUCUCCUCUACCUGGAGCAAGAAGAUGCCUUCUGGUGUCUGGUGACCAUUGUGGAGGUCUUCAUGCCUCGGGACUAUUACACGAAAACACUGCUUGGCUCUCAGGUGGACCAACGUGUCUUCAAGGACCUGAUGAACGAAAAGCUGCCCCGGCUGCACGCCCACUUCGAGCAGCACCGGGUAGACUUCUCGCUCAUCACCUUCAAUUGGUUCUUGGUUGUCUUCGUGGACAGUGUAGUCAGCGACCUCCUCUUCAAAAUAUGGGAUUCCUUUCUCUACGAGGGACCAAAGCUUCUUGGACGCCCAGGUGAUCUUCCGGUUUGCUUUGGCCCUCUUCAAGUACAAAGAGGAGGAGAUCUUAAAGCUCCAGGACUCUACAUCCAUCUUCAAGUACCUGCGGUCUUUCACUCGCACAGUCCUGGAUGCCAGAAAGCUGAUGGGCAUUGCCUUCAGGGACCUCAACCCCUUCCCCCAGCGCCAGAUCAGGAACCGCAGGGCCUUCCACCUGGAGAAGGUGCGCCUGGAGCUGCUGGAGCUGGAGGCCAUGCGCGAGGACUUCCUGCGCGAACGGGAGACCCACCCGGAGAAAAGGGACCUGAUCAGCGAGGACGAGGAAGAUGGCUGAAGGGACCUUGGGGGACCCCUUCGGGGUUUUUCCACAGUGCAGAACCUCCUGGGGAUUCGAGGGCAGAUUUCCAAACCCAGCGUUCCACCACAGAGGCGGUUCCUGCUCAGGUAGCCAUUCAGUGUACCCAGCACUUCAGAUUUCCUUUCAGUUGUGCAGCUGAGCUGUGAGUGUUUUCCUCCCUUUCAAAGCCUCUGAAGUGCCUCCAGACACAAUACUGAAAGGCCCGUCGUUUUAUGCCAAAUUCUUUAGAUUGUGCCAUUUUGGAGACACUUUCCUCGUCGUCUUAAACAAAUGAACCAAGUCACGGUGCUUCAUCAGGUGUUGGUAGCUUUUGUGCAGCUUCAGAGACAUUCCACGGGGCCACGGCUCGGUCUUCCCACGUGGGAAGCAGGAGACAACCUGGAGGGCAGCACCAGGGUUUCCGGACGGCUGCCGUCUCCCUUCUGGGCUCGGGUCCCCAUCUCUGUUGGAAACCACCGGGGAACCAAGAAGGUGCUCCUUUCCCUGGCCUGGGGCUCUCAGAGGUGCCAUACUUCUCUGCAGGAUGGCCAGCCCCAUCUACGCCCGGCUAGAUCUCUCCAGCGCCAGUCUCCCUGGUCCUUGUGGUGAGAGCCUGUUGUUCCACAGACAGCAGAGUGGGUGGCAAACCCCAGCAAAGUUCCUGUUGGGGAGCCCGGGGACAGUUCAUCGCAGAAGAAUCCAAUCAUUCCUUCCAUACAGCUUUUGUUCUCCAAUACCACCCCCCCCCCGAGAUCUUUCUUGGGGAAGAUUGGGAGCUCUGCCUCCUCACAGCCAGGAUAUGCCUGCUCAUGGCCAGACGCAAGCCACUUCGGGGGCAAAGAAGGCGUCCCACAGCCCAAGGUCGGUUUGGGAAAGACAGAAUCCAGAUCGUGUGUGGGCGUCUGAAUACCUGGAAUCCUAGCCUAAUCCUAGGCGGUAACAGGGUGGCAGAGGAGGAGGGUGGCAGAGUUUUGGCUGACUUGUGACUCCCUGGAUAAAUGUUCGUGUCCUCAGCCAUUGUGUCGGCCAGUCUGGAGGGUUUCCUCGGGGGGUGGGGGGCUAUGUGGGAUGCCGCAACCUGCGUUCCUUGCAAUGGAGCCCAAUGGCUGGACAUCUUCCCCAUCCAGAGGCCUCCCAGACUGUCAGCAUUGAAGAGACCAAGAAAGGAGACAAGACAGGCACCCCCGCACGCCAGCACACAGCCCUGGGGCAGCUUGAAGAUGGGUGGACCCCAACUCCCGGAAUGGCUCUGCUGGCUGGGGAGUUCAGGGAGCUGAUGUCCAGCCAUCUUCCAGCUGCCAAGAUUGAGGAGCACCGGAUUUCCAGAUAUUGAGGUCUCAAUUCCUAUCAGGUUUUCCUUCCCUUUUUAUAAAGAAUCCCAAACUCUGCUAUGUACUAUAUAUGCAAAGUAUUUAUGCAUGAUGUCUAUUCAAGCAGAAUGUAACACACACACCCUUCCUGCUUUUGCAGUUUGCACAAGCUUCACACAGAUCCAGUCUAUUUUUCUGCCUUUCUUGCUGGAGGCCCUAGAACCACACACACACAUACACACACACACACACACACACACGCUCAAAAGCCUCUUCCCUCUGGAGGUGGAGUCGCAAGUAAGAGUCCCGUAUCCUGCGGAGGGAACACAUUGCAGGGCUCACAGCCGGUGGAACCCCCGGCACAGGGGUGGUGCAGGAGAUUCUCUUCCACAUAGGACGAGUGCAGUCGGGGCUCCUGAGAAUUCUUUGGGGUUCAGAACUCCUGAGUUCAUUUGCCAAAUUUUUGCAACCUCUUGAAAAUAGACCGUUUCCUGUCUUUGAUUUUUAAACGUUUUUGAUUUUCAUUCCUGUCUGGUUUUGUCUGACCAAUCCUAGUAAAUAAAUGUACCUGACCACC